AUGGCAGGUGAUGACGAUUCCGAAGAGAGUGUUCCGCUCGCAAUUUUAAAAGAAAAAUGGGGAGCUGCACUUCGCGCCUUGAUGAGCAAUACCGUCGAUCUCCUUAACAGUUUGAAUACUGAGGCUGAAUUAACGCUACCAGGCGUUCAUGAAUGGAACGAAAAUAUUGAAGAUGAUAAUGCAAAUGACGAGCAUGAAGAAGAAGACGAUUCCGAUGAAGGCAGCGUAUCGGAGGUAGAGGAGAAAAUUAAGCGGACUGAAGCAGUUGAAAUUUUCAACAAGGCGAUAAGGUGGGCUGGUCAUGAAGACGUCGAUCCAAAUGUUGUAAAUGUACUAAGACGUCUAAGAGAGAAAGCUGUGCUCCAACUUUUAGAAACACAGAAGAUAUAGUAAAGGAUGACUGAUUUUUUCAAAUAAAACCUAGAUUUUGUAUAAUAUGUGUUACGUAAAAAUGUAUAUGUAAUGAAAACAUGAAUAAAAUGUGAAUUCCAAUAUAUAAA